AUGUCUCCGAGCGCAGCCCAAGCUGCUCCAACCCCCCAACCGAUCUCCGCACAGCCGAAUCCGUCCCGGCCAGUGCGGAAGAUGUCGACCUCCCAGCACCCUCUCCGGCUCCCCAGCUACUCACGCGGUGGCGCGUCGCCCAUGAGCUUUGGCGCGGCCAUGUCGGGUGUCAGCUUCACGAACGGAGGAGGCGGCUUCUCGUACGGAAAGAACGCUGGAGAUGUUCCCGGUUCCUACGGUGCUAGGUUCUACGGCGAGGGAAGUGACGCGACUCAAAUCCCGUUCUCAACUUCCGUUAGCAUGGAUUUCGGAUCAUUCGCCGCCUCCGGCUCUGCCUUUGGUCUCGGCGGCUCCUCGUACCGGGGCCGCUCCUACGCGGCGGCUGUUGCCGGCCGGGACUACAGCACGGCCAACCUCUCGACGUCGCUUGCGUCCCUGUCCGGAUUAGGCUCUAUGGGCCGUUCCUACUCAAGAGGCCAGAUUCACGACAUGAUGGCCAUGCGCUCGGACGCCGAGCUCACCAAGGAGUACGAAUGUUGUGGCAUCAAGCACAGCGGAUUGCACGCUCUCCUUGAGCAUGUCGAGGAUCAGCACCCCUAUGGUGUCGAGAACCAAAAUACCAGCAGCGCUAAUAACUCUGCUCAAAACGCCAUUGAUCUCGGAUUCUCUCCGAUGAUGGCCAUGGACCUCGAGCUCGAGCCCGACACGGACGCCGCUGCGCCCUCGGGAACGAACUCGACGAGGUCGACGACUUCCCCCUGCCCCGUUCCCAAUUACCCCCUGACUCCCACGACCACUAACACGAACGGCACUACUGCUGUUCGCCCCGACGCUCUCACUGCUCAGAAGGGCAAGGGCUUCGCCCUGUCGUUCUCUGACAUGCUCAAAUCGCCACCCACCGAGAACGAGGUCAACCUGCCUACUCUCAUGCCCUCGACGACUUCCUCCUCGCCCGACAACCUCCCGACUCCCACGGCUUCUGCGAACCCGUCUCCGCCCUUCCAUGCCCCUCCCAAGAUCACUGCUGCCUCGCGCAGCGCCUUCCUGAGCGAGCCUCAGAGGACGGGCAACCAGCGCCUGGAGCGCGCCUUCAACGAGGUUGUCUCGGGGAACAAGCCCGGAGCUCCCGAGGACACUACCCAGCCUCCUGGACCCACCGCCGUUGCUCCUGGUGUGCUGUUCACUGCCGCUGCGGCUAUGGGUAUCCCGCCUGCCCCGCCGCUUGGCCGCCAGAACGGUCGCGACGGGACCAUCAACCCUGCCGCCACCACUACCGCGGCACCUGCUCCCGCCGGCGGGGACGACAAGAAGGACGCGAACGGAAAGGACGCCAAUGCCGCUGGCGGUGACCGCCCCAAGCCCGCUGAGCCUCACCUUCCGCCGCCGAGUCUGUUCACGACCCACAAGGCGUGGCGAUGCCCGAACCCUGGCUGCAACAAGGCCUACAAGCAGUCCAACGGUCUCAAGUACCACUUGCAGAAGGGUCAGUGCGACUUUGCUAUCCACGACGCGAUCGACCACGGUCUCACGCUCGAGGAGGCCGAGGAGCGUUCGCGCCCGUACGUGUGCGCCGUCGGUGCCGGUUGCACGAAGCGUUACCGCCAGAUGAACGGCCUCAAGUACCACUACCUGAACUCUGGCGAGCACGGACAGUACGGUCUGCGCAUGCUUCAGAACGGUACCCACCCGCAUCCCCCGUCGCUGCCGCCGCCGCCGAAGCGUGACCGCCCCAACCAGAAUGCGCGCCAGCACGCCGCCCCGUACAAUGUUCCCAAUCACCGCGCGACGGCUGCCACGACCACUACCGCCGCCACGAACGCUGCCGCGACCGGACCGAGGAUGGGCACCUGGCCCACGAAGCCGGCGCAGCCGACAGCUGGUGGUGUGCAGCGCACCGCUGCCACUGCCCAGCCGCAGAACGCUGCUGCUACUCCCGCCGCCGCCGCCCGACCGGCCGCUGCGCCCAAAAUGGCGCCGGUGCAGCGCGGCCGCGACGCUGUCCUUUUCGCCAACACGGAACCUCUCGACGUGUAG